GGUACAAAAUAGUGUAGUACAGCCAUAAAUAUAAAUAUAAAACAUUAAUUACAACAUUCUGGGCAACGUGAGCAGCCAGCAAGAGUAAUUGAAAGAAAUAACAAUAUAUCGUGGAUUGCAAUAAAUCAGAGUUUACUAAUAUGAAGGAGAAGUUUCAACAAUUUUCCCGGAGUUAAGAAUCUUCAGGUGCGGAAAGAGGGUUGUUCAGGUUAACCGAUUCCAUGGAAGUCCGUUUCUAGUAAAGAAUCGAUCUUAAAAUGUACAAGAUAAUAUCCAGGACGUUCGUGCGCGAGGGCGUGAACACGUUCGAGCCCGUAAAACGCAUCCCAAUGCAACGGGGUUUUGGGAAAGCGGCGGAGAGUACGGAGAAGUCGGGCAAAGUGGCCAACCUUAAACGGUACUGGUUCGGCAGGUACAUAAAUUACAUCAAGAACUAUGAGCGCACGCUGGAGCAGAAGUUCCCGCGUACGAUGCAGGUGUACCGCGUGUUCAGCGUCGGUAGCCGUGACGUGUACACGGACUUGAAAAGGUUCGUCGUCGCGAUAAAGAAGCAGGGAUCGAACGGCGUAGAUAGCUUGACGCGGGAGGAGCUGCAGCUGAUGCACACGAUGCCCAGGGAUCUGCGAAAGCUCUCGCCGUUGUUCCUGCUCUCGGCCGUGCCGUUUACGAAUUACAUUAUUUUUCCCCUAGCCCUGUACUUCCCGCGCUAUUUACUGACGUCGCACUACUGGACGCUGCAGCAGAAGCUAGAAUUCAUGCUGUCCGAACACAAGGCCAGGCUGAGGCACAACAGACCAUUGUUGAGAUGCAUGCAGGCAGAACUCAAGAGUAUCAAGACUAUCAAGGAUCAGGCGCUCAGGAUUAAGUGGCGAGACGCUAUAGCUUGCUUAGGAAGCGGCACGCAUCCGACCACCGAGAAUAUCAUAGCUUGUUCCAAGCUCUUUUCAGGCCCGCCGUAUUCCCUCAGCAAUCUCAAGAGGAAACACCUGAAAGAGCUAUUGGCAAUACACGGUAUGCCACUGUGGAGACCUUUCAAGAGGAAAAGAUUGACGGAAAGGGGUAUGUUAAUAUUACGAAUGGAUCGCGCUAUCGUACGAGAGGGAGGAGUAAAAGAAAUGUCUAAUGAAGCGAUGCGAUGGGCAUUAUCUUUUAGAGGCCUAAAUCCUGCAAACAUGUCUAUAGAAAAUAUGAGAAGCUGGCUUGAGCAGUGGUUAAUAGUAUCAGCAUCCGUUGACCAACAUAAUAUAUCCUUGUUAUUACAUAGCCCUAUUUUAUUAGCUUAUAACCAUUCGACAAAUUGGAUUCUUAUAUAUAAUUGAAAUAUUGACAAGAAGUGAGUUCUAGGAUUUUUCAGUUUUUUUGCAAAAUAUUUUAUUUUAAUAAUAUCCGUUUUCACGAUAGAGUUUGCUUCAGGAUUCUUAGUCAAAUUAGCAUCUAAUUUUUUAUCAUAAGUUUUAUAUAUUGUUAUUAACAAAUUAAUCUUAAUUCACUGUUUUUUCGUUUGUGGACAUAUAAGUAAACAUUUAUUUAUAUUAUGCAUACAAGUUCCUUAUAGAUUUAUUUCUUGUAUACGUAUAUAAAUUAUUACUUUAUAUUAAGAGACAUUUAAUACAAGAAAUAAAAGCACCAAUUUAAGCUUUCUCACUUUUUAUGAAGACUAUGAAGUUUU